UCGCGCGCUUUUCGAUCACGAGUAGUUUGUGCGGGAGUACAGUUAGACUUGAUCUUGUAGACCAUAGACGUGACCUGGAGGAAUAUCAUUGCAGCAUGGCGGAACCAAGUUCACCUGGACCCUUCUCUGACGCUACCAGCCAUGACCGUUCUAUUGGGGCACCCUCCAGCAGCCCUGGGCGGAGCGAUCUCCCCCCAUUUGAGGAUGAGUCUGAGAUUCGUGGGGAAGAAGAAAUUGUUCAGGAAGAGGACGAAGAAGGGGAGGAAUUGUUUGGUGAAGGAAUGGAGAGAGAUUAUCGUGUGAUCCCAGAGCUGGAUCGCUACGACAUCGAUCAUCUUGACGAGGAGGAAUAUGACACCAUGGGGCCCGAGGAGCGAGCAGAGGCAGAGCGGCUGAUGCGGAAGAGGGACAGAGACGAAGCCAUGGCAACGGGCCGCAUGAGACCGGGACUGCUCUAUGAGGACAGUGAUGAGGAAGACGAAAGGCCAACAAGACGACGACGUCUUGCUGAGAGAGCAGCUGAAGGAAUGGAAGACGAGGAAGAGAUGAUUGAGAGCAUCGAGAAUCUAGAGGACAUGAAGGGUCACUCCGUCCGGGAGUGGGUAUCAAUGGCCGGCCCCAGGCUGGAAAUCUACAACCGAUUCAAGAACUUCCUCCGCACGUUUGUCGACGACAAGGGCCACAAUUUGUACCGGGAGAAGAUCCGCCAGAUGUGCGAAGCCAACAAGGAGAGCCUGGUGAUCGACUACAACAUCUUGGCCUCUCAAGAGCAAGUGCUUGCCUACUUCCUCCCUGAAGCACCUGCCGAGAUGCUCAAAAUCUUUGAUGAGGCGGCUAAGGAAGUGGUGCUGUACAUGUUCCCCAAGUAUGAGCAAAUUGCGAAGGAGAUUCAUGUCCGCAUCGCCGAGCUACCUUUGGUUGAGGAGCUCCGAUCGUUACGACAACUGCACCUCAAUCAGCUGAUCCGGACGAGUGGCGUGGUCACAUCCACCACAGGCAUCCUGCCCCAGCUGAGCAUGGUCAAGUACGACUGUCCAAAGUGCGGCUUUGUCCUGGGGCCGUUCUAUCAGAACCAGAACCAGGAGGUACGGCCAGGGUCCUGCCCCGAGUGCCAGUCUGGCGGACCAUUUGAAAUCAACAUGGAAGAGACACUCUACAAGAACUACCAAAGAAUCACGAUUCAAGAGAGUCCGGGCAAAGUCGCCGCUGGUCGUUUGCCAAGGUCCAAGGAUGCCAUCUUGUUAGCAGAUCUUGUUGACAGUUGUAAGCCGGGAGACGAAAUCGAAUUAACCGGCAUCUAUCACAACAAUUACGACGGCUCCCUGAACACGGCCAACGGCUUCCCUGUCUUCGCCACCGUCAUCCAAGCCAACUACAUCACUAAAAAAGACGACAAGAUGGCAGUAGGAAGUCUAACAGAUGAAGACAUCAAAGCCAUCGUGGCCCUGUCAAAAGAUGAGCGCAUCGGUGAAAGAAUCUUUGCUAGCAUUGCGCCUUCCAUAUAUGGUCACGAGGACAUCAAGAAAGGCAUUGCGCUGGCACUGUUUGGGGGAGAAGCCAAAAAUCCUGGUCAAAAACACAAGGUCAGGGGUGACAUCAACAUCCUCUUGUGCGGCGACCCUGGCACGGCCAAGUCACAGUUCCUGAAGUACGUGGAGAAAACAGCCAGCCGUGCUGUGUUCACAACAGGUCAAGGUGCUUCGGCCGUCGGUCUGACAGCCUACGUCCAGAGGAAUCCCGUGUCCCGAGAGUGGACACUGGAAGCUGGGGCCUUGGUGCUGGCUGACAGGGGAGUGUGUAUCAUAGAUGAGUUUGACAAGAUGAAUGACAACGAUCGUACGAGUAUACACGAGGCUAUGGAACAACAGAGUAUCUCUAUAUCAAAGGCUGGUAUCGUCACAUCGCUCCACGCUCGAUGCUCCAUCAUGGCUGCUGCUAAUCCCAUAGGAGGGCGCUACAACCAAUCCAUGACAUUCUCAGAAAAUGUUGAUUUGACGGAGCCCAUUCUAUCCCGUUUUGAUAUCUUGUGUGUUGUGAGGGAUAUCGUUGACCCAGUCAAGGAUGAGAUGUUGGCGAGGUUUGUGACAGACAGCCACAUUAGACAUCACCCGUCAAACAGCGGCGAACUGGAGGAAAACCUCCCGGACCUCCCCUCCUCCUCAGGGUUGGAGCAGAUUCCCCAAGAACUCCUCAAGAAGUACAUCAUCUACGCCAAGGAGAAGGUCCACCCUAAACUGCACCGCAUGGACCAGGACAAAGUGGCCAAGAUGUACUCGGACCUCAGGCGAGAGUCGAUGGCGACAGGCAGUAUUCCCAUCACCGUGCGACACAUUGAGUCCGUCAUUCGCAUGGCAGAGUCCCACGCGCGCAUGCACCUGCGCGAGUAUGUGAACGAGGAUGACGUCAACAUGGCCAUCCGCAUCAUGUUGGAGAGCUUCAUCGACACACAGAAGUACAGCGUCAUGCGCAGCAUGCGAAAGAAUUUUUCCAGAUAUUUGAGCUUCCGUCGGGACAACAACGAGCUGCUCCUUUUCAUCCUGAAGCAACUUGUCACUGAGCAGAUGACAUUCUACAGGACUCGCUACGGCACAGAUCAGGAUGUCAUUGAAAUAUCCGAAAAAGAUCUGGCUGACAAAGCUCGUCAAAUCAACAUCCACAACUUGGCCCAGUUUUUCGAGAGCGAGAUCUUCAAGGGGCACAAGUUCACCCACGACAGCAGGAGGAAAUUGAUCAUUCAGACUCUCUAGGAAAACAUUGGAAUGUUUGACAUCAAGAAAGUGCAUGAGAUACUGUUUGUGUAGAAUACCGAAGCAAAUACGUCACGAACAAAAUUACGCGUUAAAGGCAUUAGCGCAAGAACCAGUGUGUGAACCAACAUCUGUACUUCAUCUAUUUUCACCACACUUCCUGGUUCAAAUGACAUCACCCUUAUGUACUCCGUUUCCCCAGGAAGAGCUGAACAUUAUCAUAAGUGUACAGUGGGGAGAUUCCAUCGAAAGAAUCUUGAAGAUAUUUGCGCUACUUUAAGACUCAUGUAUCAAGGCUUACCCUUCUCUUUGUAUUUGUGGUGCCUCAUUUUUUAAUGUAAGGAUUUCUGCAGACCUUGUUGAAACGGAACGAACUUUUAGAAAACAUGGACCUCAAAUUUGUUCAUAGACAGUAAGUGGGGCAAAGGUUCCUGCUACGAGAACCCAGUUGUGAGGUGCUCACACUGGCUGUAGUUAGGUACAAAAAAAAGACGACAAAAAAGAAAAACCAGGCAAGAGCUGAUGGAUAAGUUACCCCAUUUGCUGGACAUGCCGUUCAAAUUGUUAGAAAGAGUUUAAGAGUUGUUAUUUAUUUCAGAUUUGCAGAAGUGCCUUGGGGGUUUGUUACAUCCACCGUUAGGAUGGGUGUCACCCACCGACUGUACCGGUUGACAUAAUUCGUCUUAAAGUAGACUCGUGGUUCUUAUGGGAUGGAAUAUUCCAGACCCCAUUAAGUUAGUAUUUUGCUGGAUUGCUGCAACCUCUCAAAGCUCAGCAGAUGAAGUCUAUUUCGGCAUGUGUACCGAGCAAUUGUUAUUGACCUAGACUUAACCCAAGGACUUCUUUUUAAACACCAUUUCAUGAUGGUGCUUGAUGAGCUUGAGACAGUUGGAAAGGUCACUUGCUUGGGUGAUUCUGAAGGCAAGACUUAUGUGGAGGGAAGGGCUGGGAUAGCUAGUAAACUAGGUUUACAGCAAGAAUGUAAAUACUGAGAUAUGGUUGAAAUUGUAAAGGGCUGUUUUGGCAUCAGUCAGUGACGAAAAGCAAUUGAUUUUGUGACACUGUAAUAUUACGGAUGGUAUUUGAAUUGUUUUCAAAGUAUGAGAUUUGUGAAAUGAGCAACCGUCAUUAAGCCCAUGUUUGUAAAAUCCCCACGGUAAGUGUAAUCAGUACAUGAGAUAGAGUUUUAGAGACAUAAAGUGGACAGUUGAAUUAAAUUGAAGCUGGAAGAACAAAA